UUUCCGCCCGGAUAUCAGCCUAGUUUUGGCGGAUGUUGUUGUGAAUCCGAGAGACACGUGAGGCGCUGCUACGUCAUCACAGGCACGCGAAGGAAACAUGGCGGCGGCGGGUGUUGUGAGCGGGAAGAUUAUAUAUGAACAGGAAGGGGUCUAUAUUCAUUCAUCUUGUGGAAAAACCAAUGACCAAGACAGCUUGAUCUCAGGAAUAUUACGUGUGUUAGAAAAGGAUGCUGAAGUAAUAGUGGACUGGAGACCAUUGGACGAUGCUUUAGAUUCUUCUAGUAUUCUCUAUGCUGGAAAGGAUUCCAGUUCAGUUGUAGAGUGGACGCAGGCCCCAAAGGAAAGAGGUCAUCGGGGGUCGGAACAUCUGAACAGUUAUGAAGCAGAGUGGGACAUGGUCAGUACAGUUCCAUCUAAAAAGAAACCACAUACCACUGGAGAUGCUCCAAGUCAUAGAAAUGGGAAAAGCAAAUGGUCAUUCCUGUUCAGUUUGACAGACCUGAAAUCAAUCAAGCAAAACAAAGAGGGUAUGGGCUGGUCGUAUUUGGUAUUCUGUCUAAAGGAUGACGUCGUUCUCCCUGCUCUGCACUUUCAUCAAGGAGAUAGCAAACUACUGAUUGACUCUCUUGAAAAAUAUGUGGUAUUGUGUGAAUCUCCACAGGAUAAAAGAACACUUCUUGUGAAUUGUCAGAGUAAAAGUCUUUCACAGUCUUUUGAAAAUCUUCUUGAUGAACCUGCAUAUGGUUUGAUACAAGCAGGACUACUAGACAGAAGAAAGCUGUUGUGGGCCAUUCAUCAAUGGAAAAAAAUUAAAAAGGAUCCUUAUACAGCAACUAUGGUAGGAUUUUCCAAAGUCACAAACUACAUUUUUGAUAGUUUGAGAGGCAGUGAUCCCUCUACACAUCAACGACCGCCUUCAGAAAUGGCAGAUUUUCUUAGUGAUGCUAUUCCAGGUUUAAAGAUAAAUCAACAAGAAGAACCAGGAUUUGAAGUCAUCACGAGAAUUGAUUUGGGAGAACGACCUGUUGUUCAAAGGAGAGAGCCAGUAUCACUGGAAGAAUGGUCCCAGAACAUUGAUUCUGAAGGAAGAAUUUUAAAUGUAGAUAAUAUGAAGCAGAUGAUAUUCAGAGGAGGACUGAGUCAUGCGUUGAGAAAGCAAGCAUGGAAAUUUCUUUUGGGUUAUUUUCCUUGGGACAGUACCAAGGAGGAAAGAAUUCAAUUACAAAAACAAAAAACUGAUGAAUACUUCAGGAUGAAACUACAGUGGAAAUCUGUCAGCGAAGAACAAGAGAAGAGAAAUUCGAGGUUAAGAGAUUAUAGAAGUCUUAUCGAAAAAGAUGUUAACAGAACAGAUCGAACAAACAAGUUUUAUGAAGGCCAAGAUAAUCCAGGGUUGAUUUUGCUUCAUGACAUUUUGAUGACCUACUGUAUGUAUGAUUUUGAUUUAGGGUAUGUUCAGGGAAUGAGUGACUUACUUUCCCCUCUUUUAUAUGUGAUGGAAAAUGAAGUGGAUGCCUUUUGGUGCUUUGCCUCCUAUAUGGACCAGAUGCAUCAGAAUUUUGAAGAACAAAUGCAAGGCAUGAAGACCCAACUAAUUCAACUAAGUACCUUACUUCGAUUGUUGGACAGUGGAUUUUGCAGUUACUUAGAAUCUCAGGACUCUGGAUACCUUUAUUUUUGCUUCAGAUGGCUUUUAAUCAGAUUUAAAAGGGAAUUUAGCUUUCUAGAUAUUCUUCGAUUAUGGGAGGUAAUGUGGACCGACCUGCCAUGUAAAAAUUUUCAUCUUCUUCUCUGCUGUGCUAUUCUGGAAUCAGAAAAGCAGCAAAUAAUGGAAAAGCAUUAUGGCUUUAAUGAAAUACUAAAGCAUAUCAAUGAAUUGUCCAUGAAAAUUGAUGUGGAAGAUGUACUAUGCAAGGCAGAAGCAAUUUCUCUACAGAUGGUAAAAUGCAAGGAAUUACCACAAGCAGUUUCUGAGAUCCUGGGACUUCAGGACAGUGAAGUUACAACACCAGAUUCAGACACUGGUGAAGAUGAAAAUGUUGGCAUGACUAGUCCUACAUCUACAUUUCAGAGUGACUCCUUGCCUGUACUUGCUACCAGUGGAGCCAGAGAUGACAACCCAACACAGACAUCAGUGUCCCCAAAUGUUAGCAGAUUAACACCUGCAUGAUCAUUCUUCUUGCUUAGUUUUCGAAGAGACAUUCUGUUGCAACCUUUUUCAAGUACUUGAAAGGUGGAAAUUUAAAAUCUUGGUAUUGAUCAUGCUUUAAGGUUUGUGGAAAGAAAGUGUACUGAUGUUCUUGCAUUAAAGCUUUACAAAGAUUUAAACUAA